AGUGACAGCCACUCUGUGCCUGUUAGCUAAUCAUGUCCUGUUGGGUUGGCUUCAUGGCUAUUUCUGUAUAGGAAGGUUUGGGAUUCCCCUGAAGUGUGGCUGCAUUGGAUAGCAUGACUAUCUAUCCACCCGCUCUGAUUCAUAACAGCAUACGGUGCAAAUCAGAUCGAAAUGCUAAAGUUGCCCAUUCAUUUGGUGUUGGUUAACCAGAAGGCUACCAGCAGCCCCGAGAAUAGCAAUACCUUGUUAGCAAGUCAGCUGCCUCCCCAGGAUGGGCAGUUGGAACCACUAAACGAGGGUGUUCUUUCUAGAAUCUCUGAUCUGCUGCUGUGCAGAUGGACCUGCCGGCAUUGCUGUCAGAAGUGCUACGAGUCCAGCUGUUGCCAGUCAAGCGAGGAUGAAGUUGAAAUUCUGGGACCUUUCCCAGCCCAGACUCCUCCCUGGCUGGUAGCCAGCCGGAGCAGUGACAAGGACGGUGACUCUGUCCACACAGCCAGUGACGUCCCACUGACUCCACGGACCAGCUCCCCAGAUGGGAGGCGCUCGUCCUCGGACACUUCCAAGUCCACGUAUAGCCUGACCCGGAGGGUUUCCAGUCUUGACUCAAGACGGCCAAGCUCUCCGCUCAUUGAUAUCAAACCUAUCGAGUUUGGCAUCCUCAGUGCCAAGAAGGAGCCAAUCCAGCCCUCGGUGCUCCGACGGACCUACACCCCAGACGACUACUUCAGGAAGUUCGAGCCCCGUCUCUACUCCCUAGACUCCAGCAGCGACGACGUGGACUCUCUGACUGAUGAGGAGAUCCUGUCCAAGUACCAGCUGGGCAUGCUACACUUCAGCACACAGUACGACCUGCUGCAUAACCAUCUCACCGUGAGGGUCAUCGAGGCCCGGGACCUGCCGCCCCCCAUUGCCCAUGAUGGCUCGCGCCAGGACAUGGCUCACUCCAACCCCUACGUCAAGAUCUGCCUCCUGCCCGAUCAGAAGAACUCAAAGCAGACGGGGGUCAAGCGCAAGACCCAGAAGCCUGUGUUUGAGGAGCGCUACACCUUCGAGAUCCCCUUCCUAGAAGCCCAGAGGAGGACCCUGCUCCUGACUGUGGUAGACUUCGAUAAGUUCUCACGCCACUGUGUCAUUGGCAAAGUGUCUGUGCCUUUGUGUGAAGUGGACCUGGUGAAGGGCGGGCACUGGUGGAAGGCACUGAUCCCCAGCUCACAGAAUGAGGUGGAGCUUGGGGAGCUGCUUCUGUCACUGAAUUACCUCCCAAGUGCUGGGAGGCUGAACGUUGACAUCAUUCGAGCCAAGCAACUUCUGCAGACAGAUGUGAGCCAAGGCUCAGACCCAUUUGUGAAAAUCCAGUUGGUGCAUGGUCUCAAGCUUGUGAAAACCAAGAAGACAUCCUUCUUAAGAGGCACAAUUGACCCUUUCUACAAUGAAUCUUUCAGCUUCAAAGUUCCCCAGGAAGAACUGGAAAAUGCCAGCCUGGUGUUUACAGUGUUUGGCCACAACAUGAAGAGCAGCAACGACUUCAUUGGCAGGAUCGUCAUUGGCCAGUACUCCUCGGGGCCCUCGGAGUCCAACCACUGGCGACGGAUGCUCAAUACCCACCGCACGGCUGUGGAACAGUGGCACAGCCUGAGGUCCCGAGCUGAGUGUGACCGCGUGUCUCCUGCUUCCCUGGAGGUGACCUGAGGGCCUCAGGGAAGGUAGCUUUCAUUUGUGCAAAGACAGAAAAAACAUGUCACAUACCUGUUACAUCCAUACCUUCACACACACUCUACACACAUAUACCGACACACACAUUCUAGAUCCUCUCAGAACUGAAAGGAAGCUGACUUUUCAUCACAAAAUGGCCACUCCUGUUGAGGGAGGCCUGAGAACUUUCCAAAGCCCCAUCCAUAUAUAUCGCUAGCCAAGUGGGCUCUGCUCUGAGACUUACUGGCAAUGCCUGCUCUUGUUCAUAUCACAUUCCAAGAUGCACUUUCUACCCUUAGGCCAGAGAAAAGGCCUACCAAAGGGAGCCAGCCACCACCAAGACCAAGUUUACCAAUACAGACGCUAGUGUGAGGGAGGCCUGAUUCCCCACCCCACAACACAUCCCCACCGGGUAGCUCCCGGAGGGCUCUUCUAACCUGAUUCUUUUCUCCAAAGGUGUAAGUAUCUUCGUCUUCUCCUUAGUAAAUGUAAUAAGUAGGUUAGACUAUUUGGAGAAACCAAAUGACAAUAACAAAAUAAUACAGUGUAAGAAAGGUCUCCUGGCUUAACUGAUUUGUCCUUGUGUUAACUUAUUUCAAGGGAUGUCCUGUGGGUUUAUAUGUAUAUGUUCGUGUGUGUGUGUGUGUGUGUGUGUGUGUGUGUGUGUGUGCCCUCACAGGUGAACACAUGUGCCUACAUGUCCUCUGGGAGAGCAGAGUGCUCCAGCCUGAGCACUCCUAUCUUGCUGCCUCCCGUCACCAGUGUCCUCCUGUCUCUUCAAUGCCCCCACUUGGGGUAAAGGUACUGUGUCUGUGUCGAGCACAUAGGAUAUGAUAGAGCAAAGGCAGCAUUUUUUGACUGAAUCAUGAUGAUUGUGACUCACAAGCACCUAAUACCUGGAUUACAAUGGCCGCCACACCCUGCCCAUGAUGAUCUCCUUUAUCAUGCUCUGAAGAUCUUUCUGUGUUUGUGCGUGAACCAAAGUCAAGUCUCACGUGCUGAGGAAUUAGCAUAUUUAGAAUAGAUCUCUCUCUUUCCUUGUUGGAUGCUUUUGUGUCUUUUCCAAAGCAUAUUGUCUGGUGUCAUGGGGAGCUAUUUAUUGAAAUUAAAGAUUAUUUAUUUGUGCCAUG